UGCUUUGUACAGUUGAAAAUGCGGUGUACAGUGGUUUUUAUUAUUGUGCUAUGUGCUCUUGGGGUAGGUAUGGGAGUAGACCUGGUUGCUGAACACGAUGGGCAACCAGGAUGCUUUAUCCGUUACGAAUUCGAACGUCUAUGGCGAAACAACUUAGAUCAACAUGCAUUUUGGAGAUGCGAACUAUGGGGAGUUGGUGCUGUAAGACAUGAAUGUCCACCUCAUACGAGUUUCCAAGAUUCAUGGCAGACUUGUCUGCCGAAUGAUAGUUGGCAGUGGACACCUUAUAGCGAACCUCCAACAAGACCAGAAGAAGAAGUAUUGGAUCAGUGUGAACCAAUUGAGAAUCCAACACCUUGUCCAACUAAUCCACCCAUUACAACACCAACACCCGAAUGGAAUACGACAACUCCUCUUUGGAAUACAACAACUCCUAUUUGGAACACAACAACUCCUAUUUGGAAUACAACAACACCAUCAACUAACGAAACUGAUCCACCAUGUCCAACAUGUCCUCCUGUAUCAACAACAACACCUGAUUGGAAUACUACAACUCCAUAUUGGAACACAACCACUCCUUCAUGGAACAACACGACCCCUGAAUCGAACACUACAACGCCAGAAUUUAGUACAACAACCCCUAACUGGAAUACAACGACGCCUAUUGAAAAUGAAUCAACGAUACCACCCUGUCCAACCUGUCCCCCACCUCCAACUACAACACCAAGUCCUUGUCCGACCUGUCCACCUGGUUCGACAGAAUCCCCAUCAACACCACCGACACAGGCGCCUCCAGAUGGUGAUAUAAUUGGUAUUUGUCCAGGAGCAGCGGAACAUCAAUAUGCACCAGGACCACACGACUGUGAACCACCACCAUGCUCCUGGGAUCAGUGGCUUAGAGGUAUACUUUACCCUACAAGGGAUCCUACUAAGUUCUUCCAGUGUGCACCUGGCGAAGGCAAUCUCUACGUGAUGCCCUGCGCACCAGGUACUUGCUUCAGCUUUGACGAGCAAGUGUGCGUUGAUGUUGUGGAAUGGAAAAACCCAUGCACUAUUCCAUGAGAGAAAAAGAGGAAAAAAUCAAUAUGCGUUGUACAACUUACAAUUUCGCAAUAAAUGUUACAGCAAUUUAAAAUGUCAGAUCUGUUCAUGAAAUGUUAUAGGGUGUAAUUUAAAGUUAAUAAAUAAAUAAAUUAAAGAAA